UAGUCGAUUUCUUUUGAUUUUCAUUUCCGAUCUCAUAUGUGUCAUUAUUGGAUGUUUGUUGAAGUGUUUUCCUUGUUGUAGGAGAGACGGAGAUAACAUAGUCAGAUAAAAUUUUAUCUUAAAUAUAUAUUAAUACCAUGGAAGACUACGAAACUGUAAUACUUGUCAAACAAGAAGUUUUUGUAUUUCAAAUACCACCUAGAGCAACAAACCGUGGUUACAGAGCUGCAGAUUGGAAAUUGCAUAGUCCAGAUUGGACUGGCCGUAUGCGAAUUGUUUCUAAAGGCAAAAAGUGUUUCAUAAAACUUGAAGAUAAAAACACAGGAGAAUUAUUUGCCAAAGCACCUAUUGAUAAAUAUCCUGGUAUAGCUAUAGAAGCAGUAACUGAUUCAAGUCGAUAUUUUGUCCUGAGAAUUGAAGAUGAUAAUGGAAGAGCUGCUUUUAUAGGCAUUGGUUUUGCUGACAGAGGGGAUUCUUUUGACUUGAAUGUUUCUUUGCAAGAACAUUUUAAAUGGCUUCAAACUAGUGAGGAACUGGAGAAAGGACUAGAUUCUUCUGAUAAUAAGCCUAAUUUGGAUCUGGGUUUUAAAGAAGGUCAAACAAUAACUAUUAACAUGAAUAUCAAUAAAAAGUCUAGCAAGCCACGCCCUAAAACUAGCUCCACCCCAUUUAGUGGGACUCCUGGACUAUUGCCUCCACCUCCAGGAGGAGUAAAAUUGCCUCCUCCACCUGGCAAUAGAAGUUUAAAUCAGAUUCCUACUACUCAGGCAGUAAGAAAAAACUCAGAUUCAAAUUCUGCUGUCAAAGAUGACCUGCUAUUAGACUUAGGGUCAUUGAGUACGGGUUCAGAAUCAACUGAACCAAAACCUGCAUCAGCAACUCAAAAUUCAUCUGCUGACCUUUGGGGUGUUUUUACAUCAGCUACAGGAAGCUCAACUACUGUUCAAGAACAGAGUGGUAGUUCUGAAAACUGGAUUAAUUUUUAAUUGCAGUGAAAGAGAUUGUUGGAUGUCAAAAGAUUUAUGUAGUUAUAAUAUAUUGUUUUGAGAAUACAUGUAGUAUGUUAAUAAAUGCAUUUGUUAACUUUA